AUGCCAUUUAAGGCACAAAACAGCUCAUCAGGCUCAAAGAGGCCUUCACGUUUUGCAACAUCAGACUGGGGAACAGAUCGAGAUAAAAACGAAAUCCGUAACUUGCCUAUCAGCGAAGAUGACAUAUUGGUCUCUUAUGAUGUCACAGCCCUCUUUACAAACGUUCCUUUAAAUGGGACUAUCAACAUCUUAGUCGAAAAAGAGUUUGCCGAUGAUUGGUUUAACCAAACGUAUGGCCUUAACCUGCAAAAGGAUCAACUUACAAAACUCCUCAAGAUCGCCACUACUAACCAGCUUUUCCAAUUCAAUGGCCAGCUGUAUGAACAAAUCGACGGUGUGGCUAUGGGUUCACCCCUUGGCCCUCUAAUGGCCAAUGUCUUCCUCUGUCAUCUUGAAGACAAGCUUACUCGCGAUGGUGUGAUGCCCACGUUAUACAAGAGAUAUGUUGAUGAUACCUUGGCCAGAAUGUCCAGCACCGAAACUGCAGUUGAUUUUUUCACUACUCUUAAUAGCCACCACCACAGCCUGUCUUUUACGAUGGAGCUUCCUAUUGACAACAAGAUAUCCUAUAUCGGCAUUGAAAUAAUCAAGAAUAGAACAAAGAACGACACACAAGUAUAUAAAAAGCCAGCAAACACUGACUUGUUGCUGCAUUUUCAAAGCCACACAGACAAACGUUAUAAAGAUUAUUUGGUAAAAACAAUGAUCCAUCUUGCAUACGCUCUAGAUCUUUCCUCGACGACUGCAGCCUUCAAUCAAGAAUGUACUAGACUACGUUCUGUCUUUACUCGACUUGAUUAUCCCUUGGAAAUGAUUAAUUCUACCAUUACCAAAACCAUUCAGAGCUUUUCAUAUGGCACGAGAGAGAAAAACAAAGAAGACUGCAGCGUUGUGCGAGUGAGUUUGCCCUUAAAAGAUCAAACAACAGCCAACGCAGUUAAAAGGCAAAUGCGUGAUCUCAGUCACAAGAUUGACACUACAGUACAACCCGCAUUUAUCAGCAGAAAAUUGGAACAAGACCUCAAGCCCAGAGAAAUCAAGCCUCCAAUCGUAAAUUAA